AUCAUUUGUUUUUUAAAUAUUUAUAAAGUCAGACUACGAGAUGUCGUACAUUGUGGAGUGGUAUAGAGAUGUGAUGGACAACAAAUAUGAUCCAAGAACACAAGAAUGGUUUCUGGUACCUAGUCCUGGUCCAGUUUUAACGAUCAUAGCGACAUAUAUAUAUUUUUGUGUUUCCGCCGGACCGAGAUAUAUGAAGGAUAAGAAGCCAUACGAUUUGAGAAAUACGCUGAUAAUUUAUAAUUUUAUCCAAGUUCUUGUAAGCCUUUAUCUUGUUUACGAAGGCUUGAUGGCUGGUUGGUUAUACGAAUAUAAUUUUAUUUGUCAACCAAUCGAUUAUUCAUAUAAACCGAGUUCAAUGAGGAUGGCCAAUUGUGUUUAUCUGUACUUUAUGUGCAAAUUGAUCGAGCUACUGGACACAGUAUUCUUUGUUCUGCGCAAAAAAGAUCGACAGAUCACGUUCCUGCAUCUUUACCAUCAUUCAUUGAUACCAAUCGGUGCCUGGAUUGGUGUGAAGUUUUUUGCCGGUGGUUAUCCGACUCUUUCUGGUCUCAUCAACUGCUUCGUCCACGUCUUUAUGUACACUUACUACAUGUUGGCCGCCUUCGGACCGUAUAUGCAGAAAUAUCUUUGGUGGAAAAAAUACUUGACUAUCUUGCAGAUUGUACAGUUUAUCAUAAUAUUUUUCCACAAUUUUCAAAUGCAAUUUAUUAGCUGUAAUAUCUCCAAGCCACUUUCAAUUCUGCUCAUGAUCAAUGCUUGCUUGUUCACUUACAUGUUUGGAUCAUUUUAUGUGAAUAAUUAUUUGAACUCAAAAGUGGGACGAGUAUCGAAGACUAAUGGUGCUAUUAAUGGCUCUGUUAGUGUUAAUGAUAACACAAUUUCCAACAAGAUGAAGCAUGAUAAAUCCAAUUAAAAGACUUACGAAAUUCUUUAAGUAUGAAUGAAGAUGGAUUUGACUUACUUGUAUCAAGAACGAUCUACGUACAAGUGAUUCUUACAAAUUACACGUGAUUUAUUACAGCGAGAAUAUUCGAUUAUUACUCUAGUAUAAAUUUUAAAGACAUCUUUCUGAAAUGCGUAACGAUAUUAUGUAUAAUAUGAUGUAUAAUAUGAUUUGACAUGAAAUAUUAGACUAAAAUAAGUGCCAAAUUCUGUUUCAAAGUUUUAUCAAGAAAUUCAUGUUUGCAUGAUGUAAUUAAGAUAGGCGUCCUAUUGAAAUUUAUGUUUUAAA